UCAGUCAGAAACGCGUUGAGUGCGACAGCGAGCAGACGUACAGCAAGUGUAACAAAAACAAAAAAGAGAUCUUGAAAGUUCUUUAGCUCGUGGUAACCAAAAAAAAAGAAUCAAAUAAAAACGCUCUCAUAGAAUACAUUUUUCUUUGGUGCCAAACACAAAAUUCUUAACUACAAUACCUACAAAAAAAAAGUGUGGUGCAAAGCAUAACAUAAAAGUGAAAACUAAGCAAAGCAAUAAAGAAAAGAAAGACAUACAAAUAUUAAAAAAAAAGAUGGCAAGUGCAGAGCAAAAAACCGCCGCCAAUGGCAGCGCAGCCAAGCAGCAAAACAACAGCGCCAUAACAGAAUCAACAGAGCCGCCAAAGGAUGCGAAGGAUCUGUUGCCGCAUCUGGAAUCGUUGGAGCGCAUCAUUAAGCUGCCUGUGGUGAAUGCCGCAUGGGAUAAAUCACAAGAUGUCUAUGGCAAAGUGAAGGGCAAGAAUCGCGUCUUCAAUUGGGCUCUCAAUGCGGCCGAGGAUUGCGUGGCACGUGCUGUGACCACAGCAGCACCGAUUGUCAACCGUUUGGAUCGUCCCAUUGCCUAUGUGGAUCAGACACUGGUCAAGGGCAUCGAACAGCUGGAGGUUAAGGCUCCCAUCAUCAAGGAUACACCUCAGGAGAUUUACACACAGGCCAAGAACAAGGUGAUCGAUGUGGUGCAACCGCAUCUGGAGCGUGUUGUUAAAUUCAAGGCAGCCGGACAACAGAAGGCCGCUUCCCUCAAGGAUCUGGCCUGGCAGAAGGCCAACGAGGUGCUGGCCACACAAUAUGGAAGCCUGGCGGUGAAUGGAGUGGAUACCACAACAGCGUUGGCCGAGCGUCUGCUUGAAUACUAUUUCCCCAAGUGCGAGUCCGAUGUGGAGGAGGAUAAUGAUAAUAAACAGAAUGCUGUCGUGCGAAAUGGCAAAAGUGCUGAGAGUGACAUGCCAGUUCCCGCCAGCGAGGACCCAGUACUACAUACAGUCCAGACAGUCGGCCGUUUAUCCAACAAGAUCUCGCGUCGCGUCUAUCGAAAUGUCUCCAGACAGAUCAAGCAGGUCCAACAGGGCAACAUCAACGAUUAUUUGAGCUCGCUGAUUGCCGCCCUUAAGCUGCAUCAAUACAUCAAUUUCAUCAACUCAUCGAUGGGCACAAAUGUCGAACAGUCGACGUUAAGCAAUGACAACUGUACCCCAUAUGGCAACAAUUCCAAUUCCAACUCUAACUCCACGAGCACAACUCGUCCAUCUUCCAACUCCAACUCCAAUUCGAACUCGAACUCCAACAACGUUAAGAGCAACAAACCAGCUGCGCCGACGUCGACGCCGGCAGCGACUGCAACUGCGACUGCGCAGUAAGAGUUGAAAACGGGAAAAGAAGAAGCAGAAGAAGAAGACGAGGAAGAAGAUACAUCCCUCUCUCCCUCCCCCUCCCGCAUAUUCUUUUUUAAAUUAUACUUUACAUAUCUUUUUUUUUGUUUUUUUUUUUUUUGUUGCAUAAGAAAACGUUAAGAAAGUGGCGAAAAAAAAAGAAAGAAAUGUAGCAACAAAAUCGCAUCACCCAACCCACCCACUUUUCACCCGCCCCCCCACCAAAUGCUUUGUAAAUAUUUAUUUGAAGUAACUCCCACACACACACACACCAACACACACACACACCCAUGCAUACACACACAUUUAUAUACUCGAUAUAAGUUGUAGUUGUAGUUGCCUUCAGUUCUUGAAAGGUUUUUAAACAUGUUUUUUUUUUUUUCUUUUUAAAUAUGCUAAUUAGUUGUUUUUAGCUGUGCUAAAAAGUCCUAGUAGCGCCAUCUGGCGGCCAUGCUGAAAUCAGCGGCCAUUUUGCAAUUGAAGCAAAUACAAAUCGCAAAACGCAAACGCAACAAAACAAGAACAACAAAAAUGCUAGAGCGAGAUAGAAAGAGAGUGAUCAACA